UUAAAAUUCAGUAUCUCCCAAAAUCUGUGGUCGAACAGAUGAUAUUAUAGUUCGAAAACGCAAAGAGAUCGAACGUCACCAUGCUCGGUGUUAUUCUUCAGUUGUUUCUGGUUUUUGUGAUAACUUGUUUAACCGUGGUCUAUUUCUUCUUUCGGAAGAACUAUGGCUACUGGGAAAAAAGAGGCGUUCCUUACGAGAAGCCGAAACCAUUCGUUGGAAGUCUUUCGUUCCUGAUGAGGAGAAGUUUCUGGGACGUUUUCUACGACUUCAGCAAGAAGUUCAAGUGUGAUUAUUUUGGAAUAUAUAUGUCAUGGAAACCAGCCCUCAUGAUCCAAUCGAAGGAACUUGCGAAACAGGUUCUAGUGAAAAGUAGUGACAGCUACCAGGACCGAUAUUCUUAUGCAGGACGUGACGAUGAUCCCCUGGGUUCAUGUAAUUUAUUUACACUUAAGAGUCCAAUGUGGGUCCAGAUGAGGCACGAAGUAUCCCCAAUGUUCACCGGCUCGCGUUUGAGGAACCUCACUGAACUCAUGAACAUCAACUCCAGCGAACUCGUACGCAGAAUACAGAAGGAUUACGUAGAAAACAAGCAGCCUGUUGACCUGAAGGAACUAUUUUCAAUGUACACAUCAGACACGGUAGCAUACACCGUGUUUGGCAUCAGAGUGAGCGCGCUAAAGGAGCUCACCUCUCCGCUCUGGCUGAUCACGCGACACAUGGUCAGGUGGACUUUCUGGCGCGGCUUCGAGUUCACCAUGAUCUUCUUCUUACCUGCCAUCGCUGAGUUUAUGAGGCUUAAAUUCUUCUCGCAACCUGCAACAGACUAUGUCAAAAAGUUAUUCGAGGAAGUGGUCGCCGAACGAAAGAAAACUGGAGAAAGCAGCGACAAAGAUCUCGUUAAUCACUUGUUGAAGGUUAAGUCUAACUUGAAACUACCCGCCGGCUCCGACGCGAAAUUAGCUGAUGACCUGAUGAUGGCGCAAGCUGCGUUAUUUAUUUUGGGUGCAAUUGAAACAUCUUCCACAACGUUAACCUAUAUGCUUCAUGAACUGGCCUAUCAUCCAGAAGAACAGGAAAAACUUUACCAGGAAGUUAGCGCAGCGCUGAAAGAAAGCGGGAAAGACAUUCUGAACUACGACGAUUUGUUGAAAGUCAAAUAUUUAACCGCGUGCAUGCACGAAACACUAAGAAAAUAUCCUCCAGUGCCGCACUUGGACAGAAUUUGCAACAAGACCCACCAGUUGACAGACGAGCUGACGGUAGAAGCUGGAACACCGGUGUACGUGAACGUAGUGGCCAUCCACUACAAUGAGGACUCGUACCCUGAGCCUGAGCAGUGGCGACCAGAGAGGUUCAUCAACUCUAAUGACAGUGACAACCACGACUUUGCGUUUAUACCCUUUGGUGAAGGCCCGAGGUUUUGCAUAGGUAAACGUUACGGCAUGAUGCAAAUACGCACAGCCAUCGCCCAAAUGAUUAUGAAGUUCAGAUUUGAGCCUGAUGCACCUAAGAUCGUGGAGUCCGACUCCUACAGCGUCAUCCUGAGUCCUAAGAAUGGCGGCAAAGUCAAGAUUAUCCCUCGAAACUAGACUGAAUAAUUCACAACCUUAACUGACAAACGAAUAUGUUUAAAGUAUGUAUUUUAAUGAAGUUUAAGUAAUAAAAAAACUGUAAAAAAAAUGUAUUAUGUAGCCUUAAGAAAUAAAAGCUUAAAAUAUUAAA